GAGUUCAAUCAGCUUGGGUACUUUGAUAUUCAACAAAUUUAUCCUAUAGCAAACAUUGACAACUCUACAAGUCCAUGUUAUAUAUAUGAAAAAAAAUUAAUUUGCUUUUCACCAUAUUAAGAAAUUUAAUGAUGUACAAUUAAUUUUCUUAUUCUUUUCUUAAUAUUUUUUUUAUAAUUAUUCUUUUCUUAAUAUUAUAGCACCGAAAUGAGAGACAUCUUCAUAAGUUAAAGUCCAAGUUAAUGUUAUCUUGUUCUUUAAUUAAUUUAAUUAUAAUCCUCUUUUUUUUAUUAUUGUCAUUCUCUUUCUUAUUUAAAAAAGAAGCAAAACAGAAUCCUCUCUUUUGAUCUUGGUGUUUUAUUUUCAUUCAUUCAUCUUCAAAUCAAUGAUCCACUGUUUUGAGAAAUCUUAGAUCUGCUUUUAUCAAGGUUUUUCAAAGCUCAUCAACAUAGUAAGUAUAUAAAUAUAUAAACAUAUAUAAGAGUAGAAAAAUCAAAGGUACUAGAGAGAGAGAUCAAAAGGAAGAAGCUUCACAAUCACCUUUGUUUAUGGAGAAACAAGAACCAUCUCAACCUACAAAUCAAGGUAAUGAAAAGAAAAAACAUUAUAGAGGUGUGAGGCAGAGACCAUGGGGUAAAUGGGCAGCUGAAAUAAGAGAUCCUAACAAAGGAGCAAGAGUUUGGCUUGGCACCUUUGAUACAGCUGAAGGUGCAGCAAGAGCUUAUGAUGAAGCUGCCAUAAAGUUCAAAGGAAACAAAGCCAAAACAAAUUUCCCUCAACCCGUUUCUCAUUCGCCUUCAAAUCCAUCGCCACCGCGUAAAAACAAUACUGCUUCAUCUUCUUCUUCGCAGUUUGCUCCACCAAAAUCUCAUUUUCCGUUGUCAACAACGGAAGAAGUGUUCCCAAACCUAAUGCAAUAUGCUCAAGUACUUUGUAGUAAGGACGACGAAGAUCUUCGACGUGCUGCUUCAAGUCUUUACAAUAAUAGUUUUCACCAUCACAACAAUAACAAUAAUGAGCAAUUUCGUUAUUAUAAUUUGCCGCCAUUCUUCUCAACACCAUCAACAAUGUCUCCGUCGUCUACUUCUAAUGAUGUUGUGCCUAGAGUUGGAGAUCGUCGUGGUUUUGAUGAAAGGAACGUGAGAGGAUUAUAGUUUCUACAUGACUCGAACUCUCAAUAUCAAAUAUUACGGUCAAUAAAUCUCAGCAGUUAUAAAGAGAUUAGACAAUUCAUAUUAUAUUUUUUACAAAUUGAUUUUUAAAGAGAAUUCAAAAUUAAAUAAAUUCGUCCGAUAUUUAACCAAUAGCCGGGAGAGGGUGAGUAUAUAUGCCAUGUGUUAUUUUUUAUUAUAAAGUAUGUCAA